AUGGAAUAUACACAUCAAUCUUUAUGGAUCAUACCUUUCAUUCCGCUUCCAGUUCCUAUGUUGAUAGGGGCGGGACUUCUAUUUUUUCCCACAGCAACAAAAAAUCUUCGACGUAGGUGGGCUUUUCUCAGUAUUUUAUUGUUAGGUAUAGUUAUGCUUUUUUCCGUCGCGCUGUCGAUCGAUCAAAUAAAUAACAAUAAGAGUUUCAUCUAUCAAUAUGUGUGGUCUUGGACUAUAAAUAAUGAUCUUUCUUUAGAAUUUGGUUACUUGAUCGAUUCACUUACCCUUAUUAUGUUAAUAUUAAUCACUACUGUUGGCAUUUUGGUUCUUAUUUAUAGUGAUAAUUAUAUGUCUCACGAUCAAGGAUAUUUGAGAUUUUUUGCUUAUAUGAGUUUUUUUAAUGCUUCAAUGUUGGGAUUAGUUACUAGUUCGAAUUUGAUCCAAAUUUAUAUCUUUUGGGAAUUAGUUGGAAUGUGUUCUUAUCUAUUAAUAGGUUUUUGGUUUACACGUCCUAUUGCAGCAAAUGCUUGUCAAAAGGCAUUUGUAACUAAUCGUGUAGGGGAUUUUGGUUUAUUAUUAGGUAUUUUAGGUCUUUAUUGGAUAACGGGUAGUUUGGAAUUUCGGGAUUUGUUUCAAAUAUUCAAUAACUUGAUUUUUAAUAAUUAUCUUAAUGUUUUUUUUGUUACUUUGUGUGCCCUAUUGUUAUUUUGCGGUUCCGUAGCUAAAUCUGCCCAAUUUCCCCUUCAUGUAUGGUUACCGGAUGCUAUGGAGGGGCCUACUCCAAUUUCUGCUCUUAUACAUGCUGCUACUAUGGUAGCGGCGGGAAUCUUUCUUGUAGCUAGACUUCUUCCUCUUUUCAUAGCUAUACCUACCAUAAUGAAUGGAAUAGCUUUCAUUGGUAUAAUAACAUUAUUUUUGGGAGCUACUUUAGCUAUUGCUCAAAAAGAUAUUAAGAGAAAUUUGGCCUAUUCUACAAUGUCUCAAUUGGGUUAUAUAAUGUUAGCUCUAGGUAUGGGAUCUUCCCGAGCUGCUCUAUUUCAUUUAAUUACUCAUGCUUAUUCAAAAGCAUUGUUGUUCUUAGGAUCUGGAUCAAUUAUUCAUUCAAUGGAAACUAUUGUUGGAUAUUCUCCAGAAAAAAGUCAAAAUAUGGUUCUUAUGGGUGGGUUAACAAAACAUACGCCAAUUACAAAAACAGCUUUUUUAAUAGGUACGCUCUCUCUUUGUGGUAUUCCACCCUUUGCUUGUUUUUGGUCCAAAGAUCUGAUUCUUAAUGAUAGUUUUGUAUUCGCCAAUUUUUGCAAUAUUAGCUUAUUUUACAGCUGGAUUAACCGCAUUUUAUAUGUUUCGCAUCUAUUUACUUGUUUUUGA